AAGGGCAUUUUACAGACAAAUAUAGCCGUAUCAAGUUUGCCAGAACAGCAUAUUUUCAAUUGGCAAGGCUUCCUUGAACCAGAAUUGCAAUUAAAAAUUAAGACUUCUCAAACGUUAAUAAACCCUGGAGGAGUUUCACUUUGACUGGAAAACAUAGUAGUCCAUAGAGGUGAAAAACAAGGAAGUACAGACUCAAACACGGCAAAGAUGGCUCUGCGGGCGGCUGGAAGUCGCUUGUGGCACCUUCAGAGAAAUAAUUUUAAGACGGUCUCCAUCCAAACACUUGGAUUUGUCAGAUUUAAGGGAACCUGUCCAGUUGAGGUGAGCCAUCUGGACCAUUUGGUGCUAACAGUGAAAAGUGUGCCAGACACCAUCCACUUUUACACCACAACUCUGGGCAUGGAGGUCGUCACUUUUAAGGGAAACCGUAAAGCUCUGGGGUUUGGGAAACAGAAGUUUAACCUUCACCAGAUGGGCCAGGAGUUUGAGCCUAAAGCCAAGCAUCCAACCUCAGGCUCUGCAGACCUGUGUCUCAUCACCAAAACCUCUCUGGCUACAGUAGCUGCUCAUCUGAAGGUCUGUGGAGUCCAGAUUGAGGAGGGUCCAGUGGAGAGGACUGGAGCUGUGGGGACAAUCACCUCCCUGUACUUCAGAGAUCCAGACAACAAUCUCAUUGAAGUGUCAAACUAUAACCAGCCAACAUCGGAAGGGUCAUGUUAGGACUGCAUGUGAAUGCUUUUAUCACUGCACUAACUGUUGUACCUACUUUGCAUAAGUAGUGUUCAGCUGUGAAGUUCAAGACCAUAAUUACUGUAGUUCAGACUCUUUCAUCAGAUUUAGACAGAGUAGAUAACAUCAGUUGGCUUUGCAAAGACAGUUUCUAUGUAGUUCUGCUCAGCAGUGACUGCUAUUUUAAUGAUGUGUGAAAAAGCUUACAUUUUUUAUGUUGGUACAUUUAAUUCAGCAUAAAAAGUGAAAAAUUCAACACCUGAAAAUGUUUACAAAUGUAUGUUAAGUAUAAUCAAAUGGGUGUGUAAGAAGACUAUCUUUACUCUGUGAAGGAAAGUCAAAGUCAUAAGAUUGCUUUUUCUGCUGAAAAUAAAUAGUUCUUCCACCUACUA